GUUAUCAAUUCUAGAUGUCACUCACAGUACGCUAUCACUGGACGACACCAUUGCGCCUAGCUCUGGUAAAAGCUGUGGAAAAACGUGAAAAACUUUGGAAAAAAUAUCCCGUGGUCAGUCAUAACAGCGAUUUGCGAGCGAAACUCUGGGCAGAAGUAGCCGACGAGCUUACAGAGCAAUACGGCAUUCUCAUCGACACUGAAGACAUGAAGAAAACAUGGAAGAAUUUGAAAGACAACUACUGGCGUAUCAUCAAAGGUUUCGACACAGAACCAGAAAGGGCAAGACGAUGGAAAUUCUAUGAUGCUAUGCGUUUUAUGGAAAGAGCAUGCAUUGACGAGAUGGAUAAGCCUUCCAGAUUUGUGUCGACGGAUCCAGACAAUCAACCGUCAACUUCGAAAAGCCGCGUAAUCCUGCCCGUAUACUUGGUGAACAAGGAAGCAUUGAAGGAAAAACAUCCGCAACGCCCUCCUCUAUAUACUUGUGCCCAAGAGUUUCCUCUACAACUAAAAGGAAUGAGCGGAAAUGCUGGAAGGAAAAAUAGAAGAAGCAAAAAUGGACCUCAUACGAACAAGCCCACAAGCUUUAUUCAAAUUUCAAUUCCGGAACUCGACGCCUUGAUUAGUAAAAAGCAAAGACCAGCAUUUGGCAGUCAAAUACAGUGUAUGCCAGCCGAUUACGCUGAAGAUGAUUUGGCAGUUGCACUAGAGCCCGUAUGGAAGCAACUGGAAGGAGGUAUGAGUGCUACACUCAAAGAAGAACAGAACAAAUUGGAUCAGAAGAACUUUGUCCGGAAAGUAGAAUCAGAAGUAGAGAUUGCAGCGAAGAAAUAUAAGCUAGCAAUCGAUGUUGGGCAAAAAUUUGCUGGACUAAUCAAAUUAUCGCAAUUCCCUCGUGAACUAGACGACAAAGCUUUGAAUACGAUCAUCAAUAGUGCGAUAAAACUACGCAGUUUCUAUCAUCAGCAUGCAUUUUCGUAUUUUGUGAAGGAGAACAUGCCGGAGGGUGAACUUCACCAACUUCUAGGUGCAUUCGAUAACUUCGUUUACAAUGGACAACCGAGGGAUCCCGUAAUAUCCAAGGUGAUCAAUGCUUGCGAUGCCCAUAUAUUCAGCGGAUUUACAGCUUUAUUCACUUUGAUUGAGAGGUACCGAGGGCAAAUACAUUUGAGUUUACCGGACAACCACUGGAAGAGGAUGGAUAAAGACUCCCAGGUAAACAUAUACAAGUACCCCGCAAAGCAGAAACGAAAACAACCCGAACCCGAGGAUCUCGGUGAAGCUGAACUGCACCGCAUUCGGAGCAGUAGAGCCGUACUAGCAAAGAAAAUAAAAGAAUAUGCAGUUUCGGUUCAGUCCACCCAGAAUCUUUUGAGAAAAACGGACUACAACAAGCUUCAGAAAAGGAUUGAUCUCAUCAACACUCUCAGGAAUACAAGGAUCAUUUUGGAGAAAACGAAAAAAGAGCAGCAACAAUUGGAAAUGGAGUAUAACGAGUUGCAGAAAAAGAACAACGCAAAUAAACAAAGAGAGAAAAAGGCUGCCCAGAAAAGCGCCCAAGAAGAGAAGACAACACAAGUUUUGGAGGAUGCGACUGAGGAGGCGCCAACACCAGAUGAACUUUUUGAAGAUAUAGUGAAAGAAGAACCAUUAUGAUUUAUGUGCAUAAGAGAUGUGCACAAAUGAAAAAAACACAAACCGAA